CACAGUCAUAACAAGCCACCAAAUACACACCGAGCUUUCCCGAGUCCUCUUCACUCUGUGCGAUCCAAGACCAGAGAGAGCCUCGACGACUUUUCUUCUUCUUCAAUGGCUCCGAAGCCCAUCACCAGUCCCGUGCCGGACGCGUGGUACCCAACCCUAGCCGUCGUCAUGCUCUCCCUCGGCCUCCUCUUCACCGCUUCCUUCUUCAUCUAUGAAGCAACCUCGUCCAGGAAAACCCGCAGUCUUGCUAAGGAGCUUACUACGGGAACUGUGGCCUCUCUCUUCUUGGGUUUUGGAUCCUUGUUCUUGCUGCUUGCUUCGGGUGUUUAUGUCUAAGACUUUGAUCUGAUGAAAUUUUGUUAAGCAAAACUAGAUUUACAUGAUGGAUAUUAUUGUUGACAUCUUUAGUAAACUUGUGGUAUCUUAAAUGAGACAAAUUUCAAUAGACUGGUCUGUCACCUUAUG